AAGUUUAUGGCUCUUGUUUUAUCUUCUCUGUCUCUUCUCCUUUACUCACUCUUCUCUUUUUUCUCUCCUUUUUACUCUUUGCCCUGUUCACUCAGAGCAUCAAGAACACACAAAGAGAGAAACCAAAACCAAAAAACAAACGAUGUUGCUGGGGAAGAGACAAAGACCACCGAUAAAGAGAACCACGAGUCUUUCCGAGAUCAAGUUCGACUUGAACCAACCUAGCGAACAAGAACCGUCUGAUCAUCAGAUUCAGCUCGUGACCAUUGAUGAACACCGUCACGUUCACCAACGUUUGUUAGAUCAACGUCUCUUAGCUAUGGUCUCACCCAGAGGUACGCAGAGGAGGCACUCAGCUGAUUGUUCUGAAGAUUUUCUGAGAUCUUGCUCUCUUUGUAAACGUCAUCUUGUUCCUGGCCGUGACAUCUACAUGUAUAGAGGAGAUAGAGCGUUUUGUAGUUUAGAGUGCAGGCAACAGCAAAUCACGGUGGACGAGAGGAAAGAGAAAAAGAAAGGUUCGGUGAGAACUACCACCGUCGUAUCCGCCGGAACCGUCAACGGUGAGAGUGUUUCCGCCGCCGUGUAGGUCUCUUUAUGAUUUGUAUAUGGUUAUUGUUAUUAUAUGUAUAAGUUUUAAAGCAUUGAGCGUUAACCAUAUGUUAAUCUUCUUAUAAACUUUGCUUUGUAACUUAAGACCAUGGUGUUUUUUUUUGCAUAUUAAUUAGAUUUGUGUUUUUCUGAUUAUUCUA